AUGGCUAAGCGACUCGCCCAAUCACUUCGUGCAUGGUCAGCAUUGGGGCGCAAGUCCCGCACUUCGUUCCAUGGCACUGGCCUGGAGCUUCCUCCCGAACCCAAGAUCGAAGAGGAGAAGGUUCCAGGCUUCAAGCCCAGUGCCUAUUUCCCCGUUAAACCUGGAUACAUUUUCAAUGAUCGAUAUGAAGCUCUGACAAAGCUUGGCUGGGGAACGAGCUCCACUGUCUGGCUUGUCCGCGAUCUCCAACAAUGGAAAUGGCUACCAGAACGCUACCUGACAUUGAAAAUCGGUACCUGCAACUACGCAGAAGGCCACGAAAGCCAUGAACUCAAUAUGGAACAGUGCAUCCGCGACGCCAAUCCCAAACAUCUAGGCCACUCUUUUCAGAGAACCUUCAUUGAUUCUUUCGAAGAGAAAAGCCCCAAUGGGACACACAUCUGUCUGGCCUACGAGCCACUGCGAGAGCCCUUGACCCUUCUACAAGGCCGGUUCAUCAACGACACAUUUCCUCUUGACAUCUUCAAAGCCUACAUGAAGUUCCUCCUAAUAGGACUCGACUACUUGCACUCCGAAUGCAAGAUCAUCCACACCGAUAUAAAAGCGGCCAACAUCCUCACAACCAUCGAAGACCCUUCAGUCCUACACAGCUUUGCCCAGUCCCAACCAUCAAAACCUAUGUCCCAAAAGACAAUCGGCGACUAUACCAUUUACCUCUGCCACAACAACUUCGGCCGCCCCAAAUCCCUUGACUUCCUUCCAAUUCUGUCUGACUUUGGAUCCGCUCAAUUCCAACUCGACAACGUCACAAACACCUGGCCAAUUCAACCGGAUUGCUACCGCGCACCCGAGGUACUCCUCGGCGCGGGCUGGUCAUACAGCGCCGACAUAUGGAACCUAGGAGUAAUGAUGUGGGAACUGAUCGAAGACAAAAUACUCUUCUCCAACGCCCGCGACUCAAACCUAAGAGGCACCCCGACCGCUCAUCUCGCGCAGAUGAUAGCCUUUCUGGGCCCGCCACCUCAGGAAUUGAUAGCCCAGGAGAAAGAAGGACUCAACCGAACAUUCGGUAUUGGAUUACGGAAUCCAGACGGAAAACUUUGUAACUCGCCCGCAGAGUGGUUCGGUGGGCCGUUCUUUGAUGAUAAUGGUGAUUUCCUACACAAACACCUCAUCCCAGAAAGCCAGACUCUCGAAGACACAGUAACCUGUCUCAAGGGCACAGAAAAAGACGAGUUUCUGGCCUUCGCUAGGAAUAUUCUGCAAUGGUUGCCUGAGAACCGGAAGACGGCCAAGGAGCUGGCUGAGGAUCCGUAUUUGAGUGAAAUUAUGAUUACAGUCAAAGAGAGUAAGUCGUGA